GAAUGACGCACGCGUGUUUACAGUUGUCCUAGCUACCCGGGUUUUAAUGUAAUGUUGAGGCUCUGCAGCAAAACAUGCUAAAUGUUAAAUACACCCGAAAAUAUUGACAUAUGGUUGAAUAAUGAAAAUACUGGAAGUUUUGCUUUGAUUAAGUAUACUUAUAUAAACACCCACCAAUACACACACACACACAUAUAUAUAAAUACUUAGAAAUACUGAAGUCCUGAUGUGACCACACUCCUACCCUUUAAGUUAACCAAGAUGAUGAUGAGUAAAUUUUGUAUCCAACUGGUAAUUUCAUAUCUUAUUAAUUGAAGGUAAUGUAUUCAGGAGAACAGCCAGUUUCUUUUUGGUGACCUGUUCUAUACUUCUCAAACUAUUAAUUCAUAUUUAAGGUUAGGAUGGAUAGCAACUCAGAUGACCAAGGGAAGCAUUCCGGAAUUAGGGUUUUUAAGAAGAGCUCACCAAAUGGGAAGAUUACUGUGUACCUAGGGAAAAGGGACUUUGUUGACCACUUUACUUAUGUUGAACCAAUAGAUGGAGUGGUUCUGGUAGAUCCAGAAUAUGUGAAAGAUCGACGAGUUUUUGGCCAUGUUCUUGCUGCAUUUCGCUAUGGUCAUGAAGACUUAGAUGUUUUUGGGUUGAUAUUUCGAAAAGAUCUGUAUCUUGCAUCAGAUCAGCUCUAUCCUCCCUUGUCUAACCCUGACAAAACGCGAUCGUUGACACGUAUUCAGGAACGACUUCUCAAGAAACUGGGGCCAAAUGCACAUCCAUUUUAUUUUGAGCUUCCCCCUCAUUGCCCGGCAUCAGUCACACUACAGCCUGCAAUAGGUGACACUGAAAAACCAUGUGGUGUUGACUAUGAACUGAAAGCUUAUAUUGCAAAUACAACUGAGGAAAAAACUCAUAAAAGGAACUCUGUGAGGCUAACUAUACGAAAGGUGAUGUAUGCACCAAGCAAACAAGGAGAACAGCCAAAUGUUGAAGUCAGUAAAGAAUUUAUGAUGUCCCCUAACAAACUACAUCUAGAAACAUCACUGGACAAAGAGCUCUAUCAUCAUGGAGAAGAAAUUGCAGUCAAUGUUCACAUAGCUAACAAUUCAAAUAGGACAGUAAAAAAGGUAAAAGUAUCAGUUCUUCAGUUUGCUGAUAUCUGCCUGUUUUCUACGGCACAGUAUAAGUGCAAUGUAGCAUCAUUGGAGAGUGAAGAUGGUUGUCCUGUGGGGCCUGGGUUUACAUUAUCUAAAGUAUACUAUUUGAAGCCUCUGCUAGCUAAUAACAAAGACAAACGUGGUCUAGCAUUGGAUGGACAGUUAAAAGAUGAGGACACAAAUCUAGCUUCUUCCACCAUCAUAACAGACCCUUCCCAAAAAGAAAACUUGGGAAUUAUAGUGCAGUACAAGGUGAAAGUAAAGUUAUGUCUAGGACCUCUUGGAGGUGAUGUAGUGGCAGAACUUCCCUUUAUUUUGAUGCAUGCAAAUCCUGAAGAGACAGAAGAUGAACAAUUAAGGCGACAACCUACACCAGUAAAGAGUGAAGAAGAAUUUGAGGUUCCAGUUGAUGACAACUUGAUUCAACUUGAUGUGGAAGGUGUCAACUGCACAGAUGCUCAAGAUGAUGAUCUCAUUUUUGAAGAUUUUGCUAGAUCUAGACUCAGAAGGGAAACUGAAACCUGAACACAAGAUUUUAUUCCUUUUGGAAAGACAUAUUCUCAUUUCUAUUUUUUUUAUUUUUACCCCCCGAAAGAGCAUUUAUUUUCACAUCUGUUUUACAAAUAGAGGCCAAAUCUAGUGAGGUAUUUACAUAAACUUGACCACCCACUUUGUUGUUUGUUUUACAACAAAACUGUAAUUAUUGGAUAUACAGAUAUGUGUUUAGAUGUUGUCCCUGUUGUCUGCAAAACAUACAGGAAAUAUUUUGUAUACUUCAUGAUGAGCAUGAAUUAACCUGUUAAUGGUUGCCUUGCCUCAAGACUUGGAAUGUUGGACAUUUGUUACAGUUUUGUAUACAACUAGUUAUAUAGGUUAAGUUCAUAUUGGAUGUAUGUUUUAAAAAAAACAAAAAACUUUUAUUUCUUAUAUGAACCAAAGUGCUAGUACAAACCCAGUAAGUAACAAGAUCCAAGGGUUUCAUUUCUCUAGUCAAGAUUAUUUUUUGUCCAAGAUCUCAGUAAAUCUAGUGGUCGUAAGUUACUAGCACAAGUUCUUAUCCUGGACUAACUGCUAUACAUGACCAUCUAAUUUCAAUAUUAUAAUCGAACUGUAUCUCUCUUUCUCUUCUGAGCAACAUCAGUAUAUAUAUGCAUUAUGUCAAAUCUCCAUAACUGCAUGUCUCUCUCUCUUCCUAACAAUGUUAGCAUUUUUUUUUCUUAACUUCACAUACCUUUGACUUCUUUAAUUAGUAUGUUCACCAAACACAUUUUUUUUUAAAUGUUAUAUCUACAUAUACAUAUCUCCUACAUUCUCUAGCUUCAUUUUCUGCAUAUCAUUUAUUUAUUUUUAUUUUUUGGUAUUAUCAUUUUAUUUAUCAGAGUUACUUAUUGUGUAGUCACCAAAGGAUUCUCAGUUAAUUUUGGGGCAGGUUUUAUUAAAGUUUCAGUAAUGAAGACGAAAAAAAACGAAACUGAAGAAAUAUGGAACAUUUGAAGGGAUCUUUGUUGGGUUUUUGAAAAGUUGUUACUUUUCAAAACAAUCUUAAACAAAGAUUAUUUUGGAUCAGUGAUUUCAAAUAGAGCAAACUGAUUUAGAAGGACAAUUCUUAAAUUAUUACUAUUGAUAAAAACAGUUGAUAUUAUAAAUCCAAUAAUUGUUAGUAGGUUAGAAAUAAGUAUAUUUAUGUUGGUAAUCUCAAGUAAAAAUAUUUCUUUGUAAUAAUGUGACUGGUGUUUUUCAUUAUAUAUUUAAAUCAGUUUUGCUUUCUUUCAUUGUUAAAAAUGUGGUUUAAAGUUACUAGCUUCAAGAUUGAUAAGCAGCUCAUAUUUUUAAGUAUUUUUUACAAAAAAAAUACAUUUCAGCUCAACUCAAGUAAAAAAACCCAAAUUCCAUUGAGGUUAGACAAGCAGUUUUUAGAUGGUGUCAGUUUUGGUCAGCUUAGCCACAUUGCUAAUAUAUUAGCUCUGUCAGGAAGUAUCUCAUAUCUUCAACUUAACUAGGUAAAUUGAAACUGUCUUGUCACAAUAUGGGCUUUAUUACCUGAUACAAGUUGAAUUGGAGCUUUGUAUGGAAAUGUUGUUCUUUUGAAAAUGUAAAAUUGAAAAAAAUAGAACAGCUUUCAAUAAAGAAAAAGUGUUUGCUUUUAACCAUAGAUCUGAAAAAGAUUAUGACAAAAUAAGAAACUUAUUUACUGUUGUUGUUUUUUUGUAAAAUCUAGUAUUUGUUCAGCUACACUAAAGUAAGAUAUCUCUGUUGAGAUUUAUUGUAUUUUAUUUAAGAUUUUGUUUUCUAAUGAAGCUCACAACAGUUCUUUUAAAUUAUAACUUAAAAAAAUGUAUGAUAUUAUAAGUUUUGCAUACAUGUCAAGAAUAAAAUGAAGAAAAUUAGAAUUUUUAAAAUUGUUACUAUUCGUUAUAUCUUGUGCAAGUAGAUCUUAUAAGUGUGUGAAUGACUUUUUGUAUAGAAAGCCUCACAAUAAACAGUUUUGAUGAUAAAAGGAA